AUGGCGGAGUCAAGUUCAGUGGACAGUAUAUUGGAAUUUCUAAGAAGAAAUAAUUUUACAAAAGCUGAGGCUGCAUUGUGCAAUGAACUGUAUAAUAGACCUGAUUUAAAUGGGAUUCUUCAAGAACCCACGCUUGAAGACAAAGCAUCAGAUAGUAAAUUGCAUGAAAAAGCAAAUGGUGGAAAAGUAAUUGAAGAAGACAGAAGGAUGACCAUUUUGCCAACUAGUGGUGAAGGUGCAAAGGAGCCAACAAGUUCUCCAGGUAGUGGGGAGGUUUCUAAGGAGCUUAUUGUGAAGGAGAUAGAGUGUGGAACGGGGAGAACUGGGCCUGAGAGCAAUUGGAAAAGCAAUAGUUAUCAGGAAAAUCAGAGUAAGGUUAGUGAGUCAGUCAAGACAAGAGAUAAGAACUUUACCUUCUCCAAGAGUUCAGAUGAUACUGAUUUGUAUUCGUGGAAGCACAAUCCCGGUGAUGGUCUGGUUCCUUCUUAUCAGAAUGAUGGUGAAAACAACUUUUCUGGCUUUCAGGUUCAUGGAAAUUCUAUGCUGAAUUCAGCUGAGAUUCUCAAUAGCAGCAAGGAUAAUGCAAAAUCUGGGGAAGAUGUUAGUAUUUUUGGUGAUAAGAUCAUGUCUUGGCCUGGGAGUACUGGUAAAGCCAGUGUAGAAUCGAAGCACGAAUGGAGUGACAAGAGUCAGCUUAAGGAAGUUGAUCAACAGCAAAAGCUAAGUGGCACAUGCUCAAAAGACAAACUAGUGGAUAAUCCCUGGUCUAUAAGUGAUGAAUCAUCGCAUCAAUCAUCAGAGCUGUGGAGAAAUUGUUCGGUUAAAACAAUUUUCCCCUUCUCCAAGGGAGAGACAUCAGCGUGUUAUGAUAGUGCUUCUGGUAUUGGUGGUAAAAAGGAGGGAAAAAGAAAAACAGAACUUGACAACAUUAGGACUGUGAUUAAGGAGCAAGUGGAUGACGUGGGAAGAGCUUUGUACUUUGGGAAGACUCAUGGAGGUGAUCCAAAACAUUUCAGUGCAUUGGAUUUUCCACACACAUCUGAGAAUCAGGAGGAAGAGUUACCAAGGUUACCACCAGUGAGACUCAAGUCAGAAGACAAGUCCUUCAAUAUUCACGAGAAGUUCGAAGGUGAACCUGGUCCGAAUAUAACGAACGCUGACAAUGCGUAUGUCAUAGGGUCAUUUCUGGAUGUGCCUAUCGGACAAGAAGUUGGUAAAAAGAUUGGAGGAGGUAAUUGGCUCUCGGUAAGUCAGGGUAUUAUUGCUGAGGAUGCUGCUGAUCUUGUUUCUGGUUUUGCAACCAUUGGUGAUGGAUUGAGUGAAUCCGUUGAAUAUCCAAAUGAGUACUGGGACUCUGAUGAAUACGAAGACGAUGAUGAUGUUGGCUACAUGCGACAACCUAUUGAAGACGAGGCUUGGUUUUUAGCACAUGAAAUUGAUUACCCAAGUGACAAUGAAAAGGGUACUGGGCAUGGGAGCAUUCCAGACCCUCAUGAGCAGGGUCAAAAUAAGGACGAUGAAGAUGAUCGAUCAUUUGCAGAAGAGGAUUCCUACUUCUCUGGUGAGCAGUAUAUCCAGUCGAAAAACCUUUCUCCAAUUAUACCUUCAGGUGAUCCUGCUGGGCUGUCAAUGACUGGACAUUACAGGAGAAAUGAUGAGAAUGACUUGAUCACCCAAUAUGAUGGACAGUUGAUGGAUGAAGAGGAACUAAAUUUGAUGCGUGCAGAGCCUGUGUGGCAGGGCUUUGUCUCGCAGUCAAAUGAACUCAUCAUGCUAGGGGACGGAAAAGUUCUGAAUGAGUGUGGAAGGCCUCGUCUAGAUGAUAUUUGCAUGGAUGAUGAUCAGCAUGGUUCCGUCAGAUCUAUUGGUGUGGGGAUUAAUGGUGACGCUGCUGAUAUGGGUAGUGAAGUGAGGGAAAGUUUGGUUGGAGGUAGUAGUGAGGGAAACUUUGAGUACUUCCAUGAUCAUCAUAUUAACACUGGUAGGUCUACAAACUCACAGCAUGAUCCAGAUAAUAAUUAUGGUGAACAAAAAGGGAAAAACAUAGUAAGUACACAUAACUUCAAUGAAAAUAUAAUGAGUGAUGAUAGGGGUGCAUUUCCACAAGCAAAAAAUCACGUGGAUGGAAGCUUUUCAUUUCCUCCUCCUAGAGGUGGACAGUUGGUGUCGACAAGCUCGAAUAAAUCUGUGUGGCCAAGCAAGGACAACAAUGCUGUCACUGAUAAAGCCGAUGAUAAUACAGUGUGUAGCAAUGACAUACUUGCUUCAAGGAGGCAAAAAAGCACCCACUCUUCGCCUGCCAAGAGCUCAAGGGACGAAAAUACUGCUACUGUUGUAGGAUCAGUGAAUUCUAGUCCAUCAUCUCUUUCAAAUUAUGGGUAUAUCGAGAGAGAUGAUGUAAAGAGAGAUGAGGAUACCAAAACAUCAAGUGUAAGAGAAGAAGAUCCCGGGCCAUCUUUAGAGGAUGAGGAGGCUGCUGCUGUGCAAGAGCAAGUGAAGCAGAUAAAGGCACAAGAGGAAGAAUUUGAGACCUUCAAUCUGAAGAUUGUCCACAGGAAAAACAGAACUGGCUUUGAGGAGGAUAAAAAUUUCAACGUUGUUUUAAAUUCAGUAAUUGCUGGGCGCUAUCAUGUCACUGAAUAUCUUGGAUCAGCUGCUUUCAGUAAAGCCAUUCAGGCACAUGACCUUCACAUGGGCAUGGAUGUCUGUGUGAAGAUUAUAAAGAACAACAAGGAUUUUUUUGAUCAGAGCCUUGACGAGAUAAAACUUCUUAAGUAUGUGAACAAGCACGAUCCUGCUGACAAGUAUCACAUUCUUAGGUUGUAUGAUUAUUUCUAUUAUCGCGAGCACUUGUUAAUUGUAUGCGAAUUGCUGAAAGCAAACCUAUAUGAGUUCCAAAAGUUUAAUAGAGAAUCUGGAGGGGAGGUCUACUUUACAAUGCCAAGACUGCAGUCGAUUACCAUUCAAUGCUUGGACGCACUUCAAUUCUUACAUAGUCUUGGCCUCAUACAUUGUGAUUUGAAGCCUGAGAAUAUUUUGGUGAAAAGUUACAGUAGAUGUGAAGUGAAGGUCAUUGAUCUGGGGAGUAGUUGUUUUGAAACAGACCAUCUUUGCUCAUAUGUUCAAUCUAGGUCCUAUCGUGCACCAGAGGUUAUUCUGGGACUUCCAUAUGAUAAAAAGAUUGAUAUCUGGUCACUUGGCUGCAUCUUGGCAGAACUAUGUACUGGCAAUGUACUCUUCCAAAAUGAUUCUUCCGCGACUUUACUUGCUCGAGUUAUUGGAAUCAUAGGCCCCAUUGACCAAGAGAUGCUUGUUAGAGGACGAGAUGCAUACAAAUAUUUCACCAAAAAUCACAUGCUUUAUGAACGGAACCAGGAAACCAACAGACUGGAGUACUUGAUACCGAAAAAGUCAUCCUUGAGGCAUCGGUUGCCAAUGGGAGACCAGGGCUUCAUUGACUUUGUUGCUCAUCUGCUCGAGAUGAACCCCAAGAAGCGCCCUUCUGCUUCAGAUGCUUUGAAACACCCAUGGCUUCAAUACCCUUAUGAGCCAAUAUCAUCUUGA